GGCAGCCGCCGGGAGACUUUCCGGCGCUCCGAGCUGCUGCUGCCCCACGGGCACGGGCUGGACGCCUCGGCGCUGGCCGAUAACCUGGGCCUGCACGACAUGGCCCACCAGAUGGAGGAGGUGCAGAAUGUGGAAGACCAACACUUACUAAUGCAUGACCAGACAGUCAUUAGAAAAGGUCCCAUCUCCCUAACGAAAAACAGCGCUCUGAGCCUGCCCUGCCAAAAGGAUGGAUUAAUUGGGGUGGUGAUCAACCCCAACGAAGUGUUUUGCUCCGUGCCAGGGAGGCUCUCCCUGCUCAGCUCCACGUCCAAGUACAAAGUGACAGUGGCAGAGGUGCAGAGGCGGCUCUCGCCCCCGGAGUGUCUCAAUGCCUCCCUGCUAGGAGGAGUCCUGCGAAGAGCCAAAUCUAAAAAUGGUGGCAGAUCAUUAAGGGAAAAACUGGAUAAAAUUGGCUUGAAUCUUCCUGCUGGCAGAAGGAAAGCAGCAAAUGUGACACUAUUGACAUCUUUGGUGGAAGGUGAAGCUGUGCAUCUUGCUCGUGACUUUGGCUACGUGUGUGAGACAGAGUUUCCUUCCAAAGCAGUGGCUGAAUAUUUAACCAGACCACACAUGGGCCGCAACGAAAUGGCAAACAGGAAGAACAUGCUCCUUGCUGCAAAGCAGAUCUGUAAGGAAUUCACAGACCUCCUCACUCAGGACAGAACUCCUCUGGGAAACACAAGACCCAGCCCCAUCUUGGACCCUGGCAUCCAGGGCUGUUUGACUCAUUUUAGCCUGAUCACACAUGGCUUUGGGAGCGCUGCCAUCUGUGCUGCCAUGACAUCCGUCCAGAACUACCUAAAUGAAGCGUUAAAAAUUGCAGACAAAUCCUACAUGAACGCUGGAGACCAGAGCCCCGCAGAGACCAACAAAACCAUUGACAAAAUGGACAAGCACAGGAAGUGAAAGGAAAACCAGACUUUAUCCUUCCUCCUACACACAGACUCAGAUCUUCUUGCCAGGGGGAACAUAGAGAUUUGGGAGGUUUAUUUUUCCUUUUUUUUUUUU